GAGCCAGCCAUGUUGCGCUCAGGUGCCGGGAGGACAUUAUGCGGGCGUGGGUUUUCCGGGCCGCCCACCCAAAGUCGAAGCACGAUCCGCCCCUCCCGCUUCGGCGUCAGGCGCUUGUGGGACGGGUGGGUGGAAUCGAAACGGGCGAAUCAAUCGGUUUGGUCCGCCCAGGCGUCCAGGGCGUUCUCAUCCGGGUCCAAGGGGGUGGGGGCGCGGGAAAACCCGUGGCUGGGAUUUGAUAUGAAACGCGUGGAAGCCCAUUGGAAGAAAGGAGGGCGGAUUCGAGCCGAAUGGCAGCAAAGAUAUAACGAACAACAACAACAACAACCAGACCAAGCCAACACGGCGAGCCAAGCGGGUCGAACAGUGUACGUACUGCCCAUGUUUCCGUAUCCCUCGGGCGCUCUGCACAUGGGCCACGUGCGGGUUUACUCUAUUUCCGACGUCAUGGCCCAUUAUCACCGCUUUCAAGGCGCCCAAGUCCUCCAUCCCAUGGGCUGGGACGCCUUCGGGUUGCCUGCUGAAAACGCCGCUCGUCAGCAUCACGUACAACCGCAAGACUGGACCCGUCAAAACAUUGCCAGUAUGAAAGAGCAGCUCAUACACUUGGGCUUAACCUUUGAUUGGGAUCGCGAAGUGGCCACGUGCGAUCCUAGCUAUUAUCGAUGGACCCAGUGGAUCUUCUUGCAACUCUUGGCCCAAAACCUGGUUUAUCAAGCCGAGGCUCUUGUCAAUUGGGAUCCUGUGGAUCGGACCGUUCUCGCCGACGAGCAGGUGGAUGAAAAUGGACGGUCUUGGCGCUCGGGAGCCGUUGUCGAAAAGAAGCCCCUGAAACAAUGGUUUGUUCGAUCCACGCAGUACGCUCAAUCCCUUUUGGACGGAUUGGACGAGUCCGUAUUGACGGGUUGGCGAGACGUGGUCUCCAUGCAACGGUCUUGGAUCGGGCCAUGUGAUGGGUUCAAGUUCAAAUUCGGCUUAAAUGCCGAACUUGAAUCUCAGGACCUUUGGGUAUGGACGAGUCGACCUGAACUCUUAUGGGGCUCGGCAUUUGUGGGGAUCACGCCCGAGCACAUUCUGGCCCAAACCCAUGAUCAAUCCGAACUCCCAGAGUUUCAAAUUAAUGAAGGACGAGUCCAAAGGCUUCCACUUCAAGCCGUCAAUCCAAUGGAUCCCAAACACAUCUUGCCGAUUCUUUUAUUUCAUGACACGGAUGACUUCCCCUCCGAAAGUGACCACUUCUUGGGCAUUCCCGAGAUCUGCGCCAUGUCUCGCUCUGUUGCUGAAGCCUUGACGAUUCCUUUCACUUCGGUGUUGAGCACUGAUCAAACUACCUUGAUGAACUCCAGUCAGUUCUCGGGCCAAUCCUUGGCCGCCGCCAAAGCCUCCAUUCUAGAUCAAGCUCGUGCACAUAAUGCAGGAGGAUAUGCGGUCAGCUCACGUCUCAAAGACUGGCUGAUAUCCCGACAGCGAUAUUGGGGUACCCCCAUACCCAUCAUUCAUUGCGAGGGGUGUGGCGCCGUCCCGGUUCCUUUCGAGGACCUACCCGUGGUCUUGCCCGAAUUGGACUCCCUGAAACAUGAAACCGGAGAGUUCGGCGAAUCUCCACUAGCUCAAGCUCGCGAGUGGCUCGAGGACGUGGUGUGUCCCAAGUGUGGCUCCAAUCAUGCUCGCCGGGAGACCGAUACCAUGGAUACUUUUGUGGACUCGGCUUGGUACUUCUUGCGAUAUCUGGACCCCAAGAAUGGAAGCGAAAUUUGUGGGCAGGGGCCAGCGCAAGCCCUCCCGGUGGACGUGUACAUUGGCGGGAAAGAACAUGCCACUCUGCAUCUUUACUUUGCGCGCUUCAUUACCCACUUUCUCCAUCAUUUGGGAAUAUCGCCCGUCAAGGAGCCGUUCAAGAAGCUCAUCGUCCAAGGCAUGGUCAAAAGCAAAACUUACAAGACCAAGAGCGAUGGGCGUUUUGUGCCAGAGAGCGAAGUGGACUUGAGCCAAGAGCCUUUAGUUGAGAAGUCAAGUGGAGAGGAAGUCAUCUCGUAUUGGGACAAGAUGAGCAAGUCCAAGUUUAAUGGGGUUGAUCCGAAGCACGUUAUCGACAAAUAUGGUUGUGAUACUACGAGACUCAUGAUGCUAGCCGAGGCAUCCCCCACUGCCGAGAGGCUUUGGUCCGAGGACUCUUACACGUCCAUAAAUCAGCUUCAGACCCGGUUUCUCAAGUUGUUGCGUUUAGCUCAAAGCGUUCAUGUAGAGGAGGUGAAAGGUUCCGUGAGGUCGAAAGAAUUCAAGGCCCACGAAGAACGCCUGAUCAAUUCGAGGAAUUUCCACGUUUCGGGCACCAAUUUUGCUUAUGCCACAACUUCAAACCUUCGGUUUGUUGUGCACAAGAUCCAGUCACUCCUCAAGGACCUGUGGAUCACUCCGGACGUGGUCAAGCGGGAUUGCGUUGAAUUUCAGCGCGGGUUGGCCACAGCCAUCAUCUUGAUGACGCCCAUGAGCCCCCAUUUUUGCGCCGAGUUGUGGGAAGGGCUCCGGCAAGUCAAGGUCAAGCAAUGUCCGAACUAUCGUUGGGACAAGACAGUGUUCCAUCAAGACUGGCCUCAAAUGGAUCGAGAUUGGAAGCUUUCACUCGGGGUGGAAUUCAAGGACAAAAACAUUGACCAAAUUCCUCUAAGCAUUGACACGUUGAAUGAUCUCACACAUAAAAGUGCCCUAAAGUUAGUUGAAGAGCGCCCUCAGUAUCAAGCCAUCUUUGGAACGAAUCCGGUUUUAAGUGAGUUCCACGUGGAGAAGGAUCAUCGGGCAGUUCUCAAUGUAAAAUUUGACAUGGCAAAAAUGUCGCCGCAGCAAAGGAAGCAACUACGAGAGCAAGAAAAAGAAGAAAAGCGUCGAAAACGAGAGAGGCGUCAAGAAAAGAUUGCGGCUUUCCAGGCCAUUGAAGCCAAAAAAACUGUGAAGUAAAGAAUUAGGCAGUAAAAAUAAUAAAAACAAAUACACCCACACAA